AUGGAUUCUCCGCAUGCAGUAGCCAUGCCAGUUGGUCUGAAAGACGGCGUGGACAACGAGCGUCGUGGGUACUAUUAUCGGAUGGAGUGGGAAGGCAGAACUGCUAUUGAAAAGGAAGAAUGUCGGCGAGUCCUCUGGAUAUUAUUCUUCAUGGACAGAAAUCUGUCCUGGCCUACAGGCUGGCCGAAUGCAAUUAAUGAGGGGCAGUUCAAGCUCGAUAUCCCGGUUGCAGACUCUGUUUUCCAAGCGAUGACCAUACGGAUGGACCGAAACCAAAGUCACAACGUUUCGUUCACCAGGAACAUCAACACCUUGCUCGCCUCUACAUCUAGAGCCAAAUAUCCGUUGAACAUGUUCCACUACUUGAUCAUCGCGCAUAUCCUUCUCGGUCGUACCGCCGACCUCAUUCAUUCCAUCCACGAUUGCCCUAGCAGCCCAGAAUAUGCGGAACAGUGUGAGGAGCUAGACAACUAUGUUGUCAAACUGCGACUUAGUAUGCCUCGCGCCGCCUCAUCGGUACUGGAAGCGUCGCUUGAAGAUCGAGGUCAAGUUGUCUGGCUGAACGCUACCUUGAACACUAUCAUGGUUCUACUACACUAUCGAGCCGUACCUUUCUCGGAUCCACACACCGUGAAAGACCUUUUUCACAAGACAGUGAUGGCUGCAAAGAACACAUCACAAAUAAUUAAAGACGUAACUCGGAGUUCUAUUGAUCUGCUGCUCAAUGUGCACAUCGCGUCAUCUCUCUACAUCGUCAUUCACCAUCGCUUAGAAGACGAUGCUAGCCUGAAGAACGAUAUCGAUUUCCUAGAAUUGGUCUUCGAGAGAAUGAACGAUGUUUUCAGCGUUAUUGGUCUGAAGUUCUUGAUAGCCUUGAAACGCGACAAGGAGAGAAAUCCCGAAGAGCUCAUCAGCUUAAGGGAACGAGGCUACAGAGGCCUACUUGCUGACUGCUCAAAAUGGGGUUUUGUCAAGGACGAAAUCACCAGGCUGGGCAUGACCAUAUCAUGA